UUGUUCCAGCAUAGUGUUGCAAGUGGUUAUAAACGUUCAGCGCAUGCGCAAUGUCAAAAACGUGUUCCAGCAGAGCAAAUUUAAAACACCCAACAAAAUGUUUUCUGUUCCAUCAGUGCUGCAACAUGUUAUCGACUUGUUGGAAACAAUAAUUUUCUGUUGCGAGUUAUACGUUCUGUCAAAUGUUUCGCGCAUGCGUACAAUGCAAAAUAUUAAUUAUUGUGAUAAUAAUUAAUAUUAUCUUGUUUUGACAGUUAGCUAGUUAGCUUAAACUACUUUUUUAUAUUUUUAUUUUAUUUAUUGAUUGACAUUUUGAGAUGGAUUUGGAAUUUUUCGACUCCUCGUCCUCUUCAUUAUCGUCCGACGAUGAAUUUGUAUUUGAUAGCGACGACGAAGUUUAUUUGGAAGACAGAACAAGACCGAAAAAUCAGAAUUAUUUUGAGACUAUAGCAAGAUACAAUGACUUAGAGUUUUUGGAACAUUUCCGUGUUAGACGCCACAUUGCAAACAAUUUGACCAUACACUUUGAGGCCAGUCCGGAAUUUAAUGACACAACUGGAGGACAUGGAAAAAUACCUGCCUACAACCAAAUUUUAAUUUUUCUUUGGUUUGCUGGACAUCAGACUGCCUCUUUCCGUGAUGUUGCUGACAGGUUUAAUAUAACAAUAAGCAGCCUGUUCAGAGUUGUGAGACGUCUGACACAUGUUAUAAGCCGUAUGGCUAGUACCAUAAUAACUUGGCCAAAUGAGGAAGAAAAACAGGAAACAAGGAACUUUUUCCAAAUGAAAGGAUUCUCUAAUGUCAUUGGGGCUAUUGAUGGAAGUCAUAUACGUAUUGACAAGCCUUCCUCAGACCCAGAUUCCUAUUAUAAUAGAAAAAAAUAUUUUUCUAUUCACAUGCAAGCUGUUUGUGAUCAUAGAAAUAAGAUAAGAAGCAUAUUUAUCGGGUUUCCUGGGUCAGUCCAUGAUGCCAGAGUUUUUAGGAGGUCACCAUUAGCUACUAACUUGGGAAUUCUAUGUCAGGAGAAUGUGAUUCUUGGAGAUAGUGCUUAUCCUUGCUUACGCAAUCUUAUUACACCAUUCAAGGAUAAUGGUAGAUUGAGCCGUCAACAAAUUAACUUCAACAAAACACUAUCAUCAUGUCGGUACGUUAUAGAACAUUGUUUUGGUUUGCUCAAGCAGAAGUUUAGGCAACUUUACCACUGCAAGCUACGAAAAAUUGAGCAUAUAGUACAUUUCAUCAGAGCUUGUUGUGUAUUGCAUAACUUGGCAAUUGACGAUGAAUUUCAAAUAAUAAUUGAAAAUGAGGAUGUAAUUAAUGAUGGCGAUGACAUUCAACUGGAUGAUGACAAUGCUGAAGGAGAUGUCCCUGAAGGAGCAACCUACAGAAACUAUUUAAUGCAAAGAAUGUUUCCAUAGCUUAAAUAAAACAACAGUUUAAUUUGUAUG